CGAGGUCCAAGUUCAUUGGGAACCCGAGAAACCAGUGGGUGUGACUUCAGGCUAGCUCUGGGAUCGUUUCUCUCUCGGUAGAUCCAACGGUCCCUUCGUGGGAAGAUCGAGUAGUUCAGAGGGAGAUGCUAUGAAACAAGCCACUGGAGGUGAUUGAGAGAAUCGAGAGAGAGAGAGAGAGAGGGUGAGGAAUGGGUGACUGUUUGUCGAGUGAUAAUCACCAGCACUCUCCCUAUGCCAGACUCCAAGAAGGUAACCAGUACCACUCAAUGGGAAACAGGAAUGGACGGCACCUCCUCUCCUCUUCCCUAACUCCCUCCAGCAGCGGCUCAUCAUCAGCCGAUGAACAACACCCUCCUCCCCUCUCGUCCCACGAGCAGGCCUCCAACAAAGAGAGAGAGCUCCAGAAGCAACUGGACACAGCCCGCAGGGAGCUAGAAGAGGAGAGACAGCGACUGUGGUCGUGCGAGGCUCAGAUGCAGCUGACUCUGGCCGACGUGGAACGGGAGGUCGGAGAGUACAAACACCAACUAGACAUGGUGGCACUCUCGCUGGGGAACGAGUACCGCGACUGGGAGAGGGUGCGCGGGAGGUUGGAGUCGCAGGUGGAGCGGGAGAGACUAAAUGUGCGAGCGAGGGAUGUGCAGAUCCACGAGCUGAAGCUCUCCAAGGAGCAAGAGACAGCGGCUCUCUCCUGCCAGCUCUCGACACUCAGACACCAGCUAGAGAGUGAGAACAGACAACCGAGGGAGCAACGUGCAAAGAGAGACGUCGUAGUGUCUACUCAGCCUACCCAAUAGCACCACUAAUCGAUAAUGUUCAGAUCACUUGCUAUUUUUUCACACGUCUCUCACUGUCUGGAAAUUUUUUACACCAUCUCUUAAUUAUUUAUAUCAGCCAAAAAGUGCUUAUUACAGUGACAUUCUGUUUCAAUGACUUGUCUUGUAGAAGAAACACAGUCGGAGGGCAAUCCCCCAGGAGAUAUAAUAUAGAGGCAGGUC